AUGACCAACGGUCUCGAGUUGAAUUUAAGUUUAAACCCGGACAGACUUUUACAGGAGCGAAUGCAACAGGAGAGAAGUUUGGAACGCCUGUUGAAUGAAAGAUCCAUGCAAGAACAACGCAUGAACUUGGACCACAGUCUCAGUAUAGAAAGACUUAAUUUAGAAAGAAGUCUUACGCAGAAUUUAGACAGAAAUUUAAAUAUCUCACAAAAUCCCGACAGGAAUUACAAUGAUAGAUCGAGCUUGAUGAAUGACCGCGCUUUGAUGGACAGAAAUUUAAAUUCUAUAGACAGGAAUUUAAACAACGAAAGAAUGGGAUACACUAACGACAGAUUGACGGAUAGACUGAGGCUUGACGGCAGUGAUAUGAGACAUAGUGAUAUUAGUAGAGAUUUUAAUAGAGACGUUAAUAGGGACUUAAAUGACUUGAAAUUUCGGGAGUACAAAGCGCAUUUGGAGAAUUUGAGGUCGGAAAGUUCAAGGUCGCUGGAAAGAGGGAACGACGAGGAUCGGGGGACGACACCCUCCACGCCACCCACCCCCAUAUCCGUCGGUGAAAACUUUCAAGAAGAAAAGUCUAAAAUAUGGAAAUGA